GGGGGGGGAGAAGGGGAAAGAUGGAAAAAGGGGGAAGUGAGAAUAUUCCCGGAUGUUAGUGAUCAGUCCGGACAACUCAAAAACAAGAAACUUCAAACGCCUUUGACCCUUCCCUUCUAAUUCUCCCCCUCCUCCCGCGGCGAGUGUACUAAGGACAACCUGUGUGAUGAAAAGGCGGGGCGAAGAGAGAAAAAAAAGAUAACAUCUGCUUCUGCUUCGACUUUCCCCACAGUGCUACCUUACUGUCGGGAAGAUUUUGGUAGCAGUUCAUUAAUUCAAGAAAGGGAGUCGGGUUUUGACACCCGUUCUGAGCGAUUUCCUUGGUAGAAAAUAAGCAGAAGCUAGGAAAUGUGUGUUUUCCCCUUUCCUAAUGGUCAGCACCCUAACCACUUCCCCAGCGCCCCCUCCCUCCCGGGAAGACUAAGACUCUAUGGUUAAAUAAAGAAAAAAAAAAAAAAAAGGGUCUCGCCGACGUCGACGCCUGCGUAAAGGGUGAGGGGUGACCGCGCAGGCGCAGAAGGCCCGGCGUCAACGCACGCUGAGGGGAAGCGGCAGCGGCAGCAGGUUCUGGUGCGGCCCGACUUCUGGGCAUCUCCUGGAGUGCAGAGAUCGGCGCGGGGACCUGUUUCGGGACCCUCACACACAUAUUUCAGAAUGCCAGGACUAAGUUGUAGAUUCUACCAGCACAAAUUUCCUGAAGUGGAAGAUGUGGUAAUGGUCAAUGUGCGGUCCAUUGCUGAAAUGGGAGCAUAUGUCAGUCUAUUGGAAUACAACAAUAUUGAGGGCAUGAUUCUUCUUAGUGAGCUGUCUAGAAGACGUAUCCGCUCCAUUAAUAAACUCAUCCGAAUUGGCAGAAAUGAAUGUGUGGUGGUUAUUAGAGUGGAUAAAGAAAAAGGGUAUAUCGAUUUGUCAAAAAGAAGAGUUUCUCCAGAAGAAGCAAUCAAAUGUGAAGACAAAUUCACCAAAUCUAAAACUGUGUAUAGCAUCCUUCGCCAUGUUGCCGAGGUGUUAGAGUACAGUAAGGAUGAGCAGCUGGAGAGCCUAUUCCAGAGAACUGCCUGGGUCUUUGAUGACAAGUACAAGAGACCAGGAUAUGGUGCCUAUGAUGCAUUUAAACAUGCAGUCUCAGACCCUUCAAUCCUGGAUGGACUGGAUUUGAAUGAAGAUGAAAGACGAGUGCUGAUUGAUAACAUAAAUAGGCGCUUGACACCACAAGCUGUCAAAAUUCGAGCUGAUAUUGAAGUAGCUUGUUAUGGUUAUGAAGGUAUUGAUGCUGUAAAAGAAGCUCUGAGAGCAGGUUUGAAUUGUUCCACAGAAAACAUGCCUAUCAAGAUUAAUCUGAUAGCACCUCCUCGAUAUGUGAUGACCACUACAACCCUAGAGAGAACAGAGGGCCUUUCUGUCCUUAAUCAGGCUAUGGCUGUCAUCAAAGAAAAGAUUGAGGAGAAGAGGGGUGUUUUCAAUGUUCAAAUGGAGCCCAAAGUGGUCACAGACACAGAUGAAACUGAGCUUGCAAGACAACUGGAAAGGCUUGAAAGGGAAAAUGCUGAGGUGGAUGGAGAUGAUGAUGCUGAAGAAAUGGAAGCCAAAGCUGAAGAUUAACUUUUUGGGAAAAGGUGUAUGACUGGAGGAACACAGACCAGCCCUUCCUGGCCUUAGACACCCUAGACUUCAGAGUUUUCCAGUAUUGAAAACUUCAAAGCUGAAUAUUUUGUAUUUCAAAGUAUUUAAAUGUUUCAACAGACCAGCAUGUGAAAUGCCCUCCCAAAUGCUGGCUACCUUCACACAUUGAGCUCUUUUGAAGGGAGUGGCCUAAUUUCACUAGAGACUAAAACCUCACAAACUGAGAUCAUUCACAUAAUUGGGCCUGAGGUUUUCCAUGUCUACUUCCCAUUGGCAGCCCCUCCCAUUUAGUGCCUCUUUGAAAUUUACCAGGAGCAUCAAAAGCAAACAAUUCCAAUCUUUCUACAUUCAUUGUAUUCAAACGAACAUUCAAUAAAUUUCUGGGAUAUUUAA